CCAACUGCCGCCUCACUCACGCGCUCCAUCCGAUUUUCAUCUUCCCCACCCAACUCCGACCCCUCGCCGCGCGCCACCACCCCCCGCUUCGCCGGCGACGAUACCCCCUCCGCCGACAUGGCUUCCGCCGCACUCCUAGCCUCCCGCGCGCUACACGCGCCGCCGCGCCGCCACCGCCACCAUCCCACCCCUCUCGCGCGCCCAACAGCCGCCCCCGCUCCAAUGCCACGGCGCCGCCGCCUCGCCACGGCCGCGCGCCUCCAGGCGGUGGCCGCCGACGAGAUCCCCGCGGACCCUUCCUCCCCCGUCGACCUCCCCGGGGUGGCGGCGGAGCGGGCGGAGGCGGACGUGGUGGUGAUCGGGAGCGGGCUGGGCGGGCUGUGCUGCGCGGGCCUGCUGGCGAGGUACGGCCAGGAUGUGCUGGUGCUGGAGAGCCACGACCGCGCCGGCGGCGCCGCCCACUCGUUCGACGUCAAAGGGUUCCACUUCGAUUCCGGGCCGUCGCUCUUCUCCGGGUUCCAGUCCAGAGGCCCCCAGGCCAAUCCCCUCGCCCAGGUCCUCGAUGCGCUAGGCGAAUCGGUGCCGUGUGCUUCUUAUGACUCUUGGAUGGUGCAUGUACCUGAAGGCCAAUUCCUGUCACGGAUAGGCCCAACUGAUUUCCUCAAGGACCUUGAGACAUAUGUUGGUGUUGACGCAACCCGAGAGUGGCAAAAGCUACUAGAUGCAGUUCUUCCUAUAUCUGCAGCUGCAAUGGCUUUGCCUCCACUUUCCAUUCGAGGUGAUUUGGGUGUUCUAUCCACAGCUGCCGCUAGAUACGCUCCUUCUCUGCUGCAAUCAUUCCUAAAGAUGGGACCACAAGGAGCCUUAGGCGCAACAAAACUUCUACGUCCAUUCUCAGAGAUUGUUGAUUCUCUGGAGCUGAAAAAUCCCUUCGUUCGUAACUGGAUCGACCUCUUGUGCUUUCUACUCGCAGGAGUCAAAUCUGAUAGCGCUCUUUCUGCAGAAAUGGUUUACAUGUUUGCAGAAUGGUACAAACCAGGAUGCUUGCUUGAGUAUCCUCUGGGUGGAAGUGGAGCAAUAAUAGAUGCACUUGUGCGAGGUAUCGAAAAGUUUGGUGGAAGACUUGCUCUUAAUUCUCAUGUUGAAAAGAUUUUAGUCGAGAAUGGACGGGCUGUUGGUGUCAAGCUACGAAGUGGACAGAUUGUACGUGCAAAGAAAGCGGUUGUUAGCAAUGCGUCUAUGUGGGAUACUUUGGAUCUGCUACCACCAGAUGUUGUCCCAAAAUCAUACCAAGAUAAAGUGAAAGUAACUCCACAAUGUGAUUCGUUUAUGCAUCUCCACUUGGGCUUCGAUGCAGAGAAUGCUAGAGAGGACCUUGGAAUCCACCAUAUUGUGGUUAAUGAUUGGAACAAAGGAGUUGAUGGUGAGCAGAACGUUGUGUUGAUAUCAGUUCCUAGUGUUCUUGGCAAGGGCCUGGCACCGCCUGGAAAGCACAUCCUUCAUGCGUAUACACCAGGGACAGAACCUUUCAGUUUGUGGGAGGGACUAGACAGGAAAAGCGCAGAGUAUCGAAGACUGAAAGAAGAACGUUCUGAGGUGAUGUGGAAAGCCGUCGAGCUCGCUCUCGGCCCCAAAUUCAGCAGGGAGAAAUGCGACGUGAAGUUGGUCGGGACGCCAUUGACGCACAAGAGGUUUCUGCGGAGGAACAGGGGCACCUACGGCCCCGCCAUAAAGGCCGGAGAAGCCACGUUCCCAGGGCAGGCAACGCCAAUCCCCCAGCUAUUCUGCUGCGGUGACUCGACUUUUCCGGGGAUCGGAGUGCCGGCGGUGGCAGCGAGCGGCGCAAUCGUCGCCAACACGCUGGUCUCCGUGUCACAGCAUUCAGAGCUCCUCGACGCUGUUGGAAUCUAACCAUCUAAUUGCAGAACAUGUGCUAUUUCUCUGGUUGCAGGCAGGCAGGCAGAUCUGUGGAUAUGACAAUACACAUACAGAAGGAAAAUGACUCAAAAUUUCCUAUGUCUAUUGAGGAAGAGCAUUAUUUGGAUGAACUAUAGAUCCUAACUAGUAGUACUAACUAGUUACUCUCUUCGUUUCAUAAUUCUUGUCACAAAUUUGCUCAAAAAUGAAUAUAUCUAUUAUAAAAAACGUCUAGAUACAUGUAUAUUUCAACAAGAAUUAUGAAACGGAGGGAAUACUUCUUUUUCGGUGGAAUUAAGCUAAGAGAUUUCCAGCUGUUUUUCAGAAACAAUCAUGUAGCAGAGAGAAAUGUUACAUGACGUUGUAUCAUUGUACAGCAUUGGUUAUACAGUAUACUAAAUACACGGAGCUCGUAUUCUCCGACACUGUCAA